ACACCACCAGGGAUGGGCUGGGCCAGCUUUGGUGGCUUGCAGGGAGUUUUUUAAGGCAGCUGAGCCUUACCUGCUCACUAACCUGCCCUGCACCCUACCUACACUGAGCCUGGGCUGGACUGUCUCCUUCCUCCUCGGUUGCUAGGGUCGUGCCAGCUCCCCCCCCAAACAGCUGCCUGCUCUGGAGGAAUAAAUGUUACUUUGGUGACCUGAAUUGUUUAAAAGGCCGUUUGAAGAGCAGCUCUGCCAGCGCUCAGCCGCGGGGCAGCGCGGGACGUGGCGCCGCGCGCCCCAGCCGCCCUGAGCCGCGGCAAUGGCUGGCAACCGCUUCCGACGGCCGCCGCCUCGCGACCUCUCGGGGCGGGCAGCUUCCGUGACGUAGCACAGCCCCGCCUCGAGCGCCCGCAGGACGUCACUCGUCCUGGGGCCGCGCCCCACGAGGGGGCGGUGCGGUGCGGUGCGGUGCGGUGCGGUGCCGCGGCGGCCGUUGGGCGCGAGGGCGUCUCCUGCCGCGGCGGCCGUUGCGGGGGGCGGUUGGCGGUUGGGCGCGUGCCCUGCUCGCUCGCUGUGAGGGGGCCGGGAGCCGCCGCGGGUGGCCGUUUCUGUGGUCAAAAUACUGGCAGAGAGCGUUUCCGAAGUGUGAGAGCGAAGUAUAAACAAGUGAACUACCUUUACUGGCAACUCUGAUUACCAAUAUGCAAUCGAUUUACCCAGUUUAGUUGAUGCUUUUGUUUAAAAUAGUUGAGUAUUUUGCACUGGGGUACUGGGCUUGAUUUAAUGAUUGUUGAAGAAAAAAAUGACAUGGGAUUUUGCUUUGUCACUUUUUUUUCCUCAUUUGUACUGAAUGUGUUGAAACAACUGCUUUUGAGAUUGUUCAGGUGAAUUGUUCAGACUGCUAAUUAAGUAGACAAGUAUCACUGAAUUCCAACUGGUGACAUUUCUGUGUUUUAUAGUGCCUUAACAAGAAAUUCCUGUGAAUUCUAGUAAAGAAACCCAAGGAUGACUGUCAACACUAACUUUCUCUUUACUCCUGGGAGGAGAAAAUGUCCCAGAAAAGGAUUUUCGUAUUAUGGUCAUCUGCAAAAUCAGAGAGCAGGAGCAAGGAAGCUAAAAAGAAUGAAGACCGGCUAACUAUAAAUGUGAAACAUGUUUGUUUUGGUUAUUUACCUGAUAUAUCAUGUUUUGGUAAAUGGGGAUAGUUUUGUGGUUUCAAGUAAAGUAGAAUUUUUGGCAAUUUAAGAUAUUGCUAAUGAAGCAAUUAUAGACAAAACUGUCAGAAAUAAUGUAAUAACUCUUUAAAAUGCUGCAAUGCCUCUUGUAGCAACAUCCAAGUUUCACAGAAGGAAGAAAAUACAAACCACCUGAUUAAAUCUGAGCAAAAGGAGGAACACAGAAAAUUGAAAGACUUGCAUAAAGAUUUUUAGCCCUAAAAUACAGAAGUAGUUAUGACAAUGUAUCUUUUAUUAACUUCUCUUGUAUAAAAUAAAUUAAUGCUUUACUAGAAGUUCCAAUCCUGUUACAUCUGGAUGCUUCUCUAUCAUCAGUGUUGGGGCUGCUGAUGCCUUACAGUGGCCCUGACUGAUCUUCUGGUCUUGAGGGGACACCCCAAAACACAGUUUCUUUUCUGUCCCCACAUUUGGGCAGGUAAGUCGACUGCUUGGUGCUUCUCUUCCUGUUCUAUGUACGCCUCUCUGCCUGUCACCUGCCUACCCAGCUCUCUCCAUCUUUAUCUGUUUUCUUUCCCAUGUCCUGCCUUGUGACCCUCACUUCACGUUUCCAAAUGCAGCUGAGUUUAUAUUCCUCAUAAUCACUGCUAUUGGACCUGUUUCCCAAGUAGCCAAGGUGCUGGUAGUGUAGCCUCAUUUGCAUACCUGGCUCACCAGGAAACUAAUGUUUUUUCUCACUCUUAUCCUCUGCUCCCCCUGAAAACUUAUAUAUAGUUUCAAAAGUUAUGCAAAAAGCAUGAAUUAAAAUGUAUGGUAACCCACUUCUGCACAUUCGGCCACUGGUUUAGCAUUUAUUGUGAUACAGCAUUUCCCAAUAUUAGGCUUUGUGUUCGCACAAAUUCUCUGUGCAUUGAUGCUUUGGUGCUGGGAUGUGGUUUCUCUAUCUGAACAACGUGUUUAAGACCUCAACUUCCUAUUGCACAAAUUGUAUGUUUCUGUAGGUGUUAAUUUGUCGUCUUAACUGUAGUUGCAAGAAACAAAGGAGACAAAGCAGGAUGAGAAGCCACACUGCCCUAAGGACAUUUGCCUCUGGAAGAUAGUUGAUGAAGAUGCGCUGUAAAAAAAAAAGACCUGAUUACUAACCAUUUCCACUGGAUUCUGCCUUGGGACAGAAUCUCUCAAGAGGACAACAGAAAUGGAGACCCUGGAUCUGUUGAGGAAUUGUUUGGUGUGCAGAUGGGACCUGCGGAGGAGAAACCCCAGAAUGCUACCUUGUCUUCAUUCCUUCUGUAAGGACUGUCUUCCAGAUUUGAUUCAGGGAUAUAGCUAUAUUCCCACUGGCUAUGAAGUUAUAUAUGAAGGUAUCCUUUCCUGCCCUGUAUGCAAACAGACCUGCUUUGCAAGAGAUGUAGUUGAAAAUUUUUUUCUCAAGGACUUUCCCACUAGAAAUUCAGCUAUGGCAAAGAGUUGCUCCACAUGUAAAGAGAAGAGACCUGCUCACAGUCUCUGUACAAGCUGCAAUAAGUGGCUGUGCAGCUCAUGUACAGAGGAACACAGACACAGCAAGGAAACUGGAGACCGCUUCCUAUCUGUAUCCAUGAAGGGCUGUUCAGCAACUGAAGAUGAAGCAAGUGAGUUUUCCUUAUUUUGUCCAAUGCAUACUCAAGAGCCGCUCAAGCUGUUCUGUGAGACGUGUGAUACCCUUACGUGUCGCAGCUGCCUUCUGACAGAGCAUAAGGAACACAGGUUCAGACACCUUGAUGAAGCUCUGCAAAAUCAGAGAGUUAUCCUGGAGAAUGUCAUAGCUAAAGUGGAAGAGAAAAAAAAUGGGAUUCAGGUUUCAGCUAAACAGAUUGAAGACAGGUUGCUUGAAGUAGAACAUUUAUACAAAAAAGUUGAGAGUCAAAUCAAAAUGGCCAAGAUGGUUUUGAUGAAUGAAAUCAAUAAACGAACAAACAUCCUUCUUGAACAACUUGAAAGAAUCACCAGUGAAAGGAAGCAGAAAUUGGAACAACAGAUGCAAGGUGUUGUGGUUUUAAGCAGACAGGUUGAACAUGUGCAGAACUUCAUCAGCUGGGCAGUGUGCAGUAAAAACAGCAUCCCAUUUCUCUUCAGUAAAGAACUGAUUGUAUUUCAGAUACAGCGCUUGUUAGAGACAAACUGUAAUACAGACAUCGGCCCUCCCCUGAAGAUCAGAUUUACUUGGGAUCCCUCCUACUGGACUAAACAGCUGUCCAAUUUAGGAGGUUUCACUAUGGAAGGUGGACACAUUUCUCAUUCAGAUGUGCUACUCUGUGGAAAUGCACAAGGAUUACAGACAUCCUCGUAUCAUGGGCACCAUUCACCAGCGUCACAGCUAGAGCCUGCGAAUAGCCAGCCACAUCAGUUGCCACUGCCGGUUCAGUGUCCUACACCUGCGUGUUGCUCGCACUGUCUCAGCGUACCUCACCUGAACAAAGCUCCGCCUUCUCACCAAAACAUGAACCGUCAUCAUAAUUUUCGACAACCUUCCGAACCUCAUAAGCAGCAUUUUCCACUGCAGUACAACGUACAGCAACAUGACAAAGAGCAAAGGGGCACCCCCCCGCCUCUGAAACUAACACAGUCUGGGCUGGAGCAGCGAUCUCUGUCAGAGCCAGAGAGUGUGUCUGGGAGGAUUGGAAAGCAUUUACCAGCCCAGCAGCUGCAGCAGACUGCACCUCCUGGUUAUGCUGUUGCAUUGCAUGAGGCUCAGCAAGUUCACACAAGCCAUCAACAGCCAUUGUGCACACAGGCUCCUUUGCAGACUCCAACUGUGCAAGUGCAACUUAGCCAUCUCCAGAAGAUAAAGCCUAACCACUUGCAGCAGCCUCAGCAGCAGCCACCAGCAUCACUGCCAUCAGGUCAGAAUGAGAACACCCACAAACAAGUCAUCCAACAGAGUCUGGACAUAAUGCACCACCAGUUUGAACUGGAAGAGAUGAAAAAGGAUCUGGAGCGUCUUCUCCAGGCUCAAGGACAGCCCAGCUUGCAGCUGAACCAAGCCAAACCACCUCAGCAUGUUCAACAGACCAUAGUUGGUCAGAUAAACUAUAUAGUGAGGCAGCCAGCCCCAGUUCAGCAGCAAAUCCAAGAUGAGGCACAAAUCUGUGAGAGUUCUGCUGAACUAGAUGACCAGAAGCCUGUAAUUCCUCUUGAUAGAAGUGAUACUCCCACCCUGUCGCAGUCAUUGGAUGAAGGAUCCAGUGUCAGCAGUCACUCCUCUGAGAGCACAUUGCAACAAUCAGCUUUCCAUCCAGUGAGAAAGCGUUCGUCAUCGUUAAACACUGUGGACUUUACAAACGGUUUAGAAAUGGAAUUACCUUCAACGAGGUUAUCUAGGUCAGCUGAUCCACAGAUGCAAGGUGCAGCUGCUGUAACGCUCAGCCCGUCCCAAAACACCCUUCGUGACUGUAAUACACCACCAGUCUCAGUGCCCAGCUAUCGCUUGGCCUUGGGCAGAGCUCCAGGUGACCUGAGCCCUAGGGCAACCGCCAGCCUCGCACCAGGUGAUGCACUCCAGGGCAAUGCUAAGUGCAAGCUGGAAAAUGAAGAUUUCAAUACUGUGGAUCAUCCUCUAGAAAACAGCUUGGCUACAGCUGGGCAAGACGUUGUAAAUGAAUUCACUCUUUGUAUGCAAAAAGUGCUGGAAGAACCUAUCAAUCUUUCGGUCAAAAAAUCUCAGCGUUGUGCUUCUCCUUCUGAACUGCUCAGCAAUACUACUUUCCUGCCACUGAAUGCCAGAAUGAGACAACUUAGAAAUGAAGAAGAUUCCAGUAACUGUGGAAAGGAACAUGUUGAAAUGGGUAUGAAAAACAAUCAGAAUGUCAGAGCUGGCACUAAGGAGCUGAAGAUCCCCUAUGUGCGACUUGAACGCCUGAAGAUGUGUGUGUCAGAAUCGGGGGAUCUCCCAGUGUUUAAGCUGCAGCCACAGGAGAGUGAGCAGGAGGGUGCUUUCCUCCUGAUAAUUGAAUGUGGGUCUCAGUCUUCCAGUAUGGCUAUAAAUAUAAAUAAAGAGAGUCCAUCUGAAGGACCAAAAUCCCAAGAGGACUCAGAGGACAGAGAAGUUCCCAUUACCCAGACUGCAGGACACAUACUAUCUCCUCCAGUAGAUACUCUCUCUGUUGAUCAGAAGCUCAGCAAUGGCAUCUCCCUCAUGAAGAAAUCUCCAGUUACUCAGGAAAUCAAUCCAAUUGAAAAUGAGGAUUUCUGCGCUGUGUGUCUUAAUGGAGGAGAACUAUUGUGCUGUGAUCACUGCCCCAAGGUGUUCCAUCUCUCAUGCCAUGUUCCAGCCCUGCUCAGCUUUCCAGUGGGAGAAUGGGUUUGUACACUUUGCCGUAAUCCAGUGAAGCCAGAGGUAGAAUAUGACUGUGAAAAUACACGUUACAGCCACAGUUACAACGCACAAUAUGGCCUUGAUGAUUACGACCAGAAGAAGUGUGAAAAGUUGCUGCUUUCCCUGUUCUGCAGUAGCCUGAGCCUCCCAUUCCAUGAGCCGGUCAGCCCCCUGGCUCGGCAUUAUUAUCAGAUCAUAAAAAGGCCAAUGGAUUUGUCAGUCAUACGAAAAAAGCUGCAAAAAAAGGACAAAUCCCACUAUUUGGCUCCUGAGGAACUUGUGACUGACGUGCGUCUCAUGUUUUGGAACUGUGCAAAGUUCAAUUAUCCAGAUUCAGAGGUUGCUGAGGCUGGACGAUGCUUAGAUGUAUUCUUUGAGGGCAAACUGAAGGAGAUUUAUCCAGAUAGACAUUUUCCUUCGAUGCAGCAAGAGGACUCUGAUUCUGAAGAGGUGGAGAGUCAGAAUAACAAAAUGCCCUCCAAAGAUUUCCAGUGGCCAUCGUACGGACAGGAGUGUGUUCAGCCUAAAAGGAGACGGCGCCAUGCUGGAAGUGAAAAAAAUAAAAGAACGAUGUUUCAGCCAGCUAACAGCCUUCCUCAGGUAUGACCUCGUGAAGAUACCAGAUUUGCUAUGAGGAAUCCAGCAGCAAAACUGACAGAGUUAAGGUGUGUGGGAGGAAAGCAAAGCACUCAGGCUGUUAACUUAACCUCUCCUAAUCUGCUGACCAUAUGCCUUAUUUCUAGAUCUUACGGAUAGAUAAGAGAUCCAAAGUGUUUGAACCUGUCAAUAUUCCAUCUGUUAAAUCACAUACAUGUUUUGCAGUGUUUACACUGAAGUACUAAUGUUCCGGUGAUAGUCUAUGAUGAUUAAUAAUAAAAGUAACAUGUUAAUAAUAUUUAAUACUCCUGUACCAUUUUAUAAUCUGUUUAACAUGACAUUUUUAUAGAGCACAGGUAACCAUGUAAUAAUCUUAUAACCCCAAUGUGAAUGUUGGCCAUGGUUUAUGAUAGAUACGGUGUGUGGUCAUAAAAGACUUAAUCCUGUUGUUUUAUUCAAUGAUUUUUCUGGGAGCUUAACUAAGGCCUAUGGGAUAACAGUCUAAUGUGAUUAUCUGAUUAGUUGUUUCUUUCGAAGCAGAACAUUUUCAUUAAAUCACAAAAGAGCAAGUGCUAAUAGCGCUAAUAUUAAGGCUCUGUGUGAGCUAAUUUUGAGUGCAUGCUGGAUGCUCUGUUUGCAAAGAAUGAUUCUUCUAGUAUCUAAUUCAUGCUCUGUAAAGUAGUGUGGGAUUUCUUGGGUCUCAAAGGCAGCAUUUUUAUACAACCCAAACCAGUUGCUUUUCUUUAAAGCAGCUUUGGAGUUUAGUAAAUUAACUAUGAAACAAUUUACAUGGUUAUGGAAGUGCCUAUAAAAUAAUCAUAUACUCCCAAUUUUCUCUUUGGUUAUUUCUUGUAGUUGUGAUUACUAAUAGUGCUAGAAGAUAAUGAUAAUGUGUGUAUAUAGAAGCUCAUACAGAAUGAAAGGAUGUCUAAGCCUUUGUUUUCCUAAAUUACACAAUCUAUCAGCAGAACAACACCAAGGGCUGGAAUAGCAACUUCACAGUUCACUUGAGCAAAAGGUUGCAUGUAAUUGUAAAGACCAAAGGGUGGGAUAGGUAACAAAACAUGAUGCCUGAUCAGAAAGUGAUAGUUUGCAAGCUGCCUCCCACCUCUUCCAGAAGCAGGUGAGCAAGAUCUCUUGGCCAAUGCUUUCUUCCUCUGUGUGUGUGUGUGUAUGUGUGAGUGUGUGUGUAUGUGUGUGUGGGGCAAGGGGGGUGCUUCCUCCUUAGUUCUGUCCAGUGCUGUAAAGUUGGGUGGGCCAUGGUCUGGCUCUCAGAAAAAAAGAGUUGUUGCAGAUACCAUGCACAGUUAAUGCUCGUUUUGGUUAGUUUCCUGUAAAUAAAGAUGAUAUUUUCUGCAUAGUUUAUAUGGGUUAUUUGGUCUGGUAACCAUGUAUGUUAUUUUAGAUGACACUUUAAAGUAAAGGUUUAUAUAUGAAAUAAUAAGACUUGAAUGUUAUAUUCUGCUGUCUAUGUGACUUAUUGUUUCCCAUUAACUUGGUAGUGAGCUGAUGUUUUCUUUGCUUUGAAAAAAUAAAGGUCUGGAUAUUAUAAGCUGACUGGAAAA